AUGACUGUCAGAGAGGGAGGAGAGCUGCCCAAGAGCCUGACUGAGAUGUACAUCCACUUCCUGGUGGUUCAGGCCAAAGUGAAGACGGUCAAGUAUUAUGGUGGAACUGAGACAGAUCCUCACUGGAGUCCAGAGAGCAGGAAUAUGAUGGAGUCUCUGGGAAAACUGGCUUUUGAGCAGCUGCAGAAAGGAAACCUGAUCUUCUAUGAAUCCGACCUGACAGAGUGUGGCAUCGAUAUCAGAGCAGCCUCAGUGUACUCAGGAGUGUUCACACAGAUCUUUAGAGAGGAGAGAGGACUGUACCAGAACAAGGUGUUCUGCUUCAUCCAUCUGACUGUUCAAGAGUUCCUGGCUGCUCUUCAUGUCCACCUGACCCUCAUCAACUCUGGAGUCAACCUCAUGGAAGAAGAACAGCAGAUUUCAGUCCAGUUCUACCAGAGUGCUGUGAACAAGGCCUUACAAAGUCAAAACGGACACCUGGACUUGUUCCUCCGCUUCCUCGUGGGUCUUUCACUACAGACCAAUCAGAGACUCCUACAAGGUCUUCUGACCCAGACAGGAAGUAGCUCACAGACCAAUCAGGAAACAGUCCAGUACAUCAAGGAGAAGAUCAGUGAGAAUCUGUCGGCAGAGAAAAGCAUCAACCUGUUCCACUGUCUGAAUGAACUGAAUGAUGGUUCUCUAGUGGAGGAGAUCCAACAGUUCCUGAGGUCAGGACGUUUCUCUGCGGAUGAACUGUCUCCUGCUCAGUGGUCAGCUCUGGUCUUCAUCUUACUGUCAUCAGAAGAAGAUCUGGAAGUGUUUGACCUGAAGAAAUACUCUGCUUCAGAGGAGGCUCUUUUGAGGCUGCUGCCAGUGAUCAAAGCCUCCAACAAAGCUCUACUGGGCUACUGUAACCUGUCAGAGAGAACCUGUGCAGCUCUGUCCUCACUUCUCAGCUCUAAGUCCUCCAGUCUAAGAGACCUGGACCUGAGCAACAACAACCUGCAGGAUUCUGGAGUGAAGGUUCUGUCUGUUGGACUGAAGAAUCCACAGUGUAAACUGGAGACUCUCAGCCUGUCAGGUUGUCUAAUCACAGAAGAAGGUUGUGCUUCUCUUGCCUCUGCUCUGAGCUCCAACCCCUCCCAUCUCAGAGAGCUGGACAUUAGCUACAAUCAUCCAAGAGAGGCAGGAGUGAAGCUACUGUUGGAGAAGCGGGACGAUCCACAGUGUCAGAUGAACACUCUCAGGGCGGAGCCUGAUGGAGACCAGUGGUUGACUCCAGGUCUGAAGAAGUAUUCCUGUCGCCUCACAAUUGACACAAACACAGUGAACAGAAACCUCAAACUGUCUGACAACAACAGGAAGGUGACCUCCGAGGAGGAACUUCAGUCAUAUCCUGAUCAUCCUGACAGAUUUGAUUACUGGUAUCAGCUGCUGUGCAGAGAUGGUCUGACUGGUCGCUGUUACUGGGAGGUUGAAUGGAAAGAUCAUGUUUAUGUAUCAGUGAGUUACAGAGGAAUCAGAAGGAAAGGAGACAGUAACGACUGUUUGUUUGGAUGGAACAAUCAGUCCUGGAGUCUGAUCUGCUCUCAUGAUCGUGGUUACUCUGUCUGCCACGAUAACAGAGAAACAUACAUCUCUUCCUCCCCCUCUUCUUCUUCCUCUCACAGAGCAGCAGUGUAUGUGGACUAUCCUGCUGGAACUCUGUCCUUUUUCAGAGUUUCCAAUGAUUCACUGAUCCACCUCCACACCUUCAACACCACAUUCACUCAUCCUCUUUACCCUGGAUUUGGAUUUAGAGCCUGGCCUGGGUUGUCUGUGGUUCUGUCUGAUCAUAGUUAAGGUUGUGGUUCUGUAAGAGAACAUACGUGUUAAACCGAAACAAUGAAGUGAGUGCUGUUUAAAUGUAACCAUUCAAGAUUUGAUAAUAUUGUUUAAUACAAAUACUUGUUGUCUAGUUCUUGAACGGCAGAGCAUUUGAGAUUAAGAAAACAGAUAGUGGUAAGUCCAACCUGGAAGUCUUGUAGACUUUAUUGUAAAGUCAUGUUGGUGGUAUAAUUGUUUCAUUCGUUGUGAGUGACCAAACAGGCAGUGUUGUGCGGUUAGUUUAUAACCAUGUCAUGUAGAUUCCGUAGAUCUGUGGGAAGUUUGUCAUUAAUCCUGUCAACAUUUGAACCAGACAGGAAAAUAAAAGUGUCAUCGGCAUAUGGGAGAAUCGGAAACUUGAGGUUGAUCAUUGUAUACAGACCAAAGUGUAGAGGACCUUAAAUACUGCCUUGUGGAACACUCAUAGACCAUUUUGGUGGCUGUGAUUUUGGUGAGCUUAUUUUUAAAGUGUGAGAUUUAUCACUUACAUAUGAUGUAAAUAUUUUUUUUCUGAGAAGGACAGAUGAAAAGAACAAAGUUUGUGUAACUAGAUUUGAUGAUAAACUGUAUCAAAGGCUUUUAGAAAAUCUAUGUAUACAGCCCCAGUAGUCUGACCUUUCCUUCAUUUGAUAUGUUCAAAUCAUCAAUGCUGACAUGGUUGAUGUAUAAUAACUUGUAUAAUGUAUAAUAAAUUGGAUACAGUUGGGAAAAUUGCAAUUGGCUGAUAGUUGGAAACAUUAGUUGAAUCAUCAGACUUUUUGAUAUGGCAGAUUGUCUAAUAGGGUGGUCAGCAACCCCCGGCCUGCGGAGCAGUACCAGUAUGUGGGUCAUAUGGUAGCGGGCCACAGACAGAAAAAAAGAAAUACAUUCACUAACUUAGAUUGUUUCUUUUUAACUGGACGUUUUAUUUUGGAAAACUCCCAGAUUCUGUUCGCAACAUCCGUCUUGGUCAUAUGACUUAAAGCGGCUAACUGCAUGGCUAGCUGAAUUGCUAGCACAAACCAAACAAUAAAAUUAAUUUGGAAAGUUCCUUCCAGGGAAAAAGAGCCAGUGAGGAAAUAAAAAGCUGCUGGAAGUCUUUCCCCACAUAUGGAAUUCUUUCCUUCUUUUUCUGGAUUUUUUUCAAACCAGAAAUGACUUCUACAAGUCAGCAACUUUGUUUCAUAGUAUACAAAAUAUCUACUAAUAUGUUUUUCGACUAUUUUAAACAAAAAAAAAAUGUUAGUAGCAUUUUAUUGUGAAAAUUGAUUUUCUGAAAUCGGAAGUCAAAAAAAUCUAAACUUCGGCCCCGUCUGGACUAGUAUGUGAAAAUCUUGUCUAAUUUAAACCAAUUUGUGGCCUGAACAGGAUUGGGGACCACUAGACUAAUAUACACGGUAAACAGAUGGUAUUAAAUGGGGAAUAAGAAUAGUUAUGUGAGUUUUCAGAAAAGUCAUGUUCAAGUUGUUAAUAUCAGAAGCAUGGGACACUUUAAUGUACUUUAAGUAUUGUUUGAUUCCUUUUGUGAUAUUUCAAUGAAAGAGAGUUGUUCAGAUGUUGAUUCUGAUAGGAAAAAUACGAGAGCAGUAAAUCUGGAGGAUUAUUCAUUUACAGAUGCAAUAAAGUCCUCAUGUCUCUUGACUGGUGAGAAGAGAACAAUUCAUGGAUAUUUGAAAACUGUCUUUAAGUUUGUUUUUCCCUGUUAUAGAUGUAGUUUGCCAUAGGACUUUUGUGAACACACGUGUUUCAUUCCUCUGAAAAGGUACUGGGUCAUGGGUCCAACAUGCUGUCAUGAUGAUGUCAAAAAAACUUCUCAUAAACUUUCAUCAACUUAUUUUAACUGGAUUGGGAGAAUAGAGGGAAAAGAAGGGACUUUAAUUGGAUUUUCCCACAAAGGUUCCUCAACUGGAAUUCCAGUUCAGCUUCCAUGAUUUUAUUGGUCACAUUGAUGUGGUUUGGAUAUUUUAAAAUAUAUACUGUGAAAUGUUAAAUCAAUUAAAAAAAGGAUCAUAAAUUAUUGCACUUAAUUUUUAUUUUAAGUUGAGUAAACUAUCAACUUACCAUUUAUUUUGAUUAAAACUAAUCAUUUUAAAUGUUAAAAAUUACAGAACUUUUGUUAUUUGAUAUGUUUCACUUUUUUCAGUGUAUAAACAUGUCCUAAAAGAGUAGGACUAAUAAAGAAUAAAUCCACACUGAUGAGUUCUGCUUAAGUUUCUGAAACUUUGUCUUGAUUUCUUCAUCUCAGAGUUUUCAGCUUGUCAAAAAUCUUUUUGAUUCCACAUGGAUUAACAAUGUUGAUAGCUAAUCAAUUGUCAGUAAAGGAAAAGUGUUCUGUCUCUUUGCUGUUUGUAUUUGUCUUUCACAAUGAGAGCUUCGGGAUUUUCUCUGCUGUUGAUCUUUGAGUUGAACUUGUUAACAACCUUGUAUGAAUUCAUGAAUUUUUGAUUUUAAAAAGCAGAAAAAAAUAAAGCACAAAUAUCAGCUG